AGGAAAGAGGAAGAAGGAAAACCAGAGGGGGGUUUUUGUGUGUAUUACUGAGUUAACUCGAAGAAUACACGUUGUCUCCUUAUAUACCUUCGUGAUUCUACUGAGGAACCGCCGGUGUUCUCUGACCAAUAACCGCCGGCGAUUGUAUGAAGUAAUUUAGCCGGCCGUUGUGGUUUCGUCAGCAUCAGGUGGAAGAUUUGUGCUCUGUUCAGAUCUAGGAAUCUGGUCCUAUUUUCCUACGAUUCCAGCUUCUAGAGAUGGCUCGCACUAUGUAGCGGAUUCUCUUAUUUGAUCUCUAAUUCUGCGUGAGUUGCGGUUCUUUAAUUUGGUGGUGGGAUCUGGUUUUGUGUCCACCACUCGACGAUCAUUUGUGAAUCCUGUCUCUUAGGUGUUAAACAAUUGUUGUUUUCCAACUUGAGGGUGGGAUCUGGUUCUGUGUCUACCAAUUGAUGUUUGUUUGUGAAUCAUAUCUUUUACACCUCAAACAAUCGGCUUUGGAGAUUGGCGUCAUCUUGGGAGGGAAGAAGCUCUCUUCCACAGUCGCCUGUCUCCAGCCACAUAAGCCGUUGUUUUUCCUCGCUAGUUAAUGUCUGGUAAGUUGGACAGUCCUGUUCAAACCCAGAUGGCAGUGGCAGUCUUUAAGAGCCCCCUCAGGGGUGAAUACCAUGGAAAUAAGACAAUGGAACCUAAACAGCCUGCUGGUAGGAGACGGGUUUUUGUGCAGACUGAGACCGGUUGUGUACUGGGGAUGGAGUUGGAUCGCGGCGACAAUGCGCAUACUGUGAAAAGAAGGCUGCAGCUUGCACUUAAUUUCCCCACUGAUGAAAGUUCAUUGACUUUUGGAGAUAUGGUGUUGAAGAAUGAUCUUAGUGCUGUUCGGAAUGAUUUUCCACUUCUCCUAACAAGGAACUAUUUGCAUAGAAGUUCAUCAACUCCAUGUCUUUCACCUACCGGGCGAGAUAUCCAGCAAAGGGAUAGGAGUGGUCCUAUUGAAAUACUGGGGCAGUCCAAUAGCUUUGCUAGAAUGGACGAUAUGGUAAAGGAAAUUGUCAAGGCUAUCAAGAUGGGUGUUGAUCCGCUUCCUGUUCAUGGUGGUCUUGGAGGUGCAUACUAUUUUAGGAACAGCAAGGGUGAGAGUGUGGCAAUUGUGAAGCCAACGGAUGAAGAACCUUUUGCGCCUAACAAUCCAAAGGGUUUUGUUGGAAAAGCUCUUGGGCAACCAGGUUUGAAACGUUCAGUUAGGGUGGGGGAGACAGGUUUUAGAGAAGUUGCAGCGUACCUCCUUGACCAUGAUAAUUUCUCCAAUGUUCCUGCGACAGCCUUGGUGAAAAUCACGCACUCCAUCUUCAAUGUCAAUUACGGGGUGAAUGGGAAUAAAACUCACAAGAAAAGUCUGGUCAGCAAGAUUGCAUCUUUCCAAGAGUUUAUCACACACGACUUUGACGCAAGUGAUCAUGGAACCUCAAGUUAUCCCGUGUCUGCUGUGCACCGUAUAGGUAUAUUAGAUAUAAGAAUAUUUAACACGGACCGGCAUGGAGGGAACCUUUUAGUGAGGAAGCUCAAUGGCGUUGGGAGAUUUGGUCAGGUAGAACUCAUUCCAAUUGAUCAUGGUCUCUGCUUGCCAGAAACUUUGGAAGAUCCAUACUUUGAAUGGAUUCAUUGGCCUCAGGCAUCUAUUCCUUUCUCUGAGGAUGAACUUGAGUAUAUAGAAAAUCUUGAUCCCUUUGAGGAUUGUGAGAGGCUGAGAAAGGGGCUCCCCAUGAUACGAGAGGCCUGUCUCCGUGUCUUGUUUCUCUGCACCACCUUUCUCAAGGAAUCUGCAGACAAUGGUCUCUGCCUUGCUGAAAUUGGUGAGAUGAUGAGUAGGGAAUUUCGUGGUGGGGAGGAGGAACCUAGUGAGCUUGAGGUUGUUUGUAUGGAAGCAAGGAGGUUGAUAGCUGAGAAGGAAGUUGUAUCUCCCAAGUCCGAUAUGGGAGAUACAGAGUUUCAGUUUGAGAUAGAUUGUGAGGAACCAGAAUUGGAUUUUACUUCAAAAAUGCCAAGUUAUGAAUAUAUGCCUAGAUCGGCAUUGCCAUUUGGAAACGGGUUUAUUAAUGGUCGUAAUCCUCUUUCAAAGCUGGAGGAGUGCUUUGAGGAGGAUGAAGAGAGUGAAGGAGAGGUUGAGCAUGUGGAAGUUCCAACUCUUCAAGCUCCUGAAAGCAUCCCAUCCAUUUCAAAGCUUUCAGUGUCACUGAAAAAUAUCAGUUUAGGCGACAAGAGUCAAAAGUACCAAAACCUCCCUGGAUCAAAAGAGGAAUGUGGUUUUCUUUCUAGCUCAUCUGGGCAUAGGAGCGCAAAUGAGCAGCUUCCUGCAAGUGCAAGCUUUGUUCAGCUGGCAGAUAUGACAGAGGAAGAGUGGAUCCUGUUCUUGGAGAAGUUCCGAGAGUUGCUGGACCCGGCAUUUGCUAAACGUAAAUCCGUUACGUUAGGACGGAAGCAGAGACAGAGACAGAGACUUGGUACUUCAUGCCAGUUUUGAUGUUGAGGUACCGCCAGUAUACGAGUAUGAGAGACUACUGAGUUGAACAAGACUUUGUACGUAUGUCGAAGCAAAUGAAUUAUUAGAGUAGGUUGAGUUCGUGGGUUUUUCUUUGAGAAUGUGUUGUAGUUGGCUUCGGUAAGAGUAACUAGUGUAAAUAUUCUUUGCAAUUAGUUAACCUAAGGGGGAGGGCCGAGUGGAAUUGGUUGUAUUUUUUUUUUUCUCUUUUUUUUUUUUCCCGCUUUUUUAACUCUGCUUUGGUUUCCUCUUCUCUUUUAACUUUUACUUUGAUGUGGACUUGUUUGAUAAAUAAUUUGUAGAACGCAGUCAUAUAAAAAAUGAAAAGAGAGAGAGGAAGAGAGUAUCGUGUACAUAUUGACCUUUGGAGUUCUUAAUUUUCUAUGAAUUUCCACUGUUAUUUUUUUAUCUGUGAUUGAUUUCAUUGAUUGUUUCAUGUGAUGGAAUUCUUUGACUUCUUCGAAAAUGGUUAACGUACUUCUUGCAAUGAUGUGAGGCUGAUGUUCUGAUUUUGGAUUUGCAAGUAUACGGCAGUGGUGCGGAGGUUGGCCCUUCCACAGAGUAGGACUGAGGCUGUUUACAGAGGCUUUCACGAACUUGAAGAGUCUGCUAAGUUCCUUCCCUUUUGAUGGAUUUUCAUUGCUUCCAUCUAAUGAAUGUAUGUUAUAUGGAACUCCCUGAUAAGUUCCUUUUUCUCUGGAGAAAUUCAUGUUCUCACAACUAACUGAUCUGGACCUCAACUCUGAUCUCAUAGAAUGAACAUAGCAUACCGUA